AUGUUUGAUAGGAACGGAUACGCUGAGGAGGCUAAAAGACAUAACCUUGCAAUGGAGAAUCUUACAGCUGAAAGAGAAAAGUACCUCGAAGAGGUCACUGAUAGGAGAAAUAGGAUUGCUCAGCUAAAGUCAGAACUAGCUGAGGCAAAUAGGGAUAUCAAGUCAACGAACCAGUCACUAGAACUCGUCAGAAGAAUCAAUGAGUUAACACGUAAGGUUAUGCCAAGGAAGCCACAAUUAAGUAAUCACUACAAACCUAGCUCUGAAAUGGAAGAAUAUAUGGCAAUCUUUGGUUUAGUUGCAGUUGGAGCAGUGGGUGGGUUAGCUUAUUUAAUUCUAUAGAAAAUGCCAUAAAAAUUUUCACACCUAUAAGUAUAGGGAAAUGGAAUGGUUACAGAUGGCAACACCUGAGGAGAUAGCACAUGUAGGUAAAAGGGUAAAUACAGUGGAAGAGUUAGAGGCUGCUGUGAGGAAGCACGCAGAGAGUAGAAUAAAGAGAAAACACACAUAUGAUCCAAUAUGUAGCGAAUGUGGAAGUAAGUCUAUUGUAAUGAUAGAUGGAGCAGAUACAUGCACACAGUGUGGUGCCAGUGAUAUGAAUAACUUCUCAUACUACGUUAGUUACAACUACAACAAGGACGACUAUCUGAAGAAGAAGUCUUGUCACAAUAGAGUCCGUUGGUUUGAGAGACACUUAUUCGAACAUGUUGCUUCUAGGGAUAGGGACAUCAUAAGGCAGCAGUUUAGAAGCAUCGUAAGAUGUAUACAAAGACUUAGACUGCAAACGGGGCGCAACAUAGUCAGAUACAAGUUUUACCUACUGAGGAUAGCCAGUAUGAAUGGUAUAACUUUGAGGAACUCUCCUGAUGAUAUUAAGACUCAAAGGAUUGUGGACAUCCUUGAGGAUAGGUUGUAUGGGAAAGUUUUUGUUGAGCUUGGAUGGAAACCUGAGAAAUGUGAAUAUUAUAAUAAAUGGAAAGUGAAGAAUUUAAUAUAA